AUGAGAAAUCAUACAGCAGUAACAACUUUCAUCUUGUUGGGACUUACAGAUGACCCACAGCUGCAAAUUCUGGUUUUCAUCUUUUUAUUUUUAACAUAUAUUCUGAGUGUAACUGGAAACCUGACGAUUAUCACUCUUACCCUCACGGAUUCCCACCUUAAAACACCUAUGUAUUUUUUUCUUCGAAACUUCUCCUUCUUAGAAAUCUCAUUCACAACGGUGUGUAUUCCCAGAUUCCUAUACAGUAUAUCAACUGGAGAUAACACGAUUACUUACAAUGCUUGCGCCAGUCAAAUAUUUUUCAUUGGACUCUUCGGGGCCACAGAGUUUUUCCUCCUGGCUGCCAUGUCUUAUGACCGCUAUGUGGCCAUCUGCAAGCCCCUUCAUUACACGACCAUCAUGAAUAACAGAGUCUGUGCCAUCCUUGUCCUCUGCUGCUGGAUCUCCGGGUUGAUGAUCAUCGUCACACCACUUGGUAUGGGCCUCCAGCUGGAAUUCUGUGACUCCAAUGCCAUUGAUCAUUUUGGCUGUGAUGCAGCUCCUCUUUUUAAGAUCUCAUGCUCAGACACAUGGUUCAUAGAACAAAUGGUGAUAAUUUGUGCAGUGUUGACAUUCAUUAUCACACUGGUAGGUGUGGUUCUUUCCUACAUAUAUAUCAUCAAGACAAUUCUAAAAUUCCCUUCUGCUCAGCAAAGAAAAAAAGCUUUUUCCACAUGUUCUUCUCACAUGAUUGUUGUUUCCAUCAGCUAUGGUAGCUGUAUAUUCAUCUAUAUCAAACCUUCAGCCAAAGAGGAGGUGGACAUUAAUAAAGGGGUAUCUGUGCUCACUACCUCUGUUGCUCCUUUGUUGAAUCCCUUCAUUUAUACCUUGAGAAAUAAGCAGGUGAAACAAGCUUUCAAUGAUAUGAUUAAAAAAAUUGCAUUCCUCUUGCACAGUAUGACAAAACGAGACCCAAAAUUGGAAAAUUAUAAUAAGAUUAUAAUGAAUGGUCUCCAGGGAAGUUUUCCAGGUCAAAAAAGCAAGAUGGAAAAAGGUUAUGAAAAGAUCAAAGAAAGUAUUUCUAAAGUUUUAAAUAAGGAAAAGUCUCUGAGAAAAUUCUUUAUAUGGCGUGACAAUGGGAGACAAGAACGGCCCACCCUCCAGGAGGUGCCUGGAGACCAUGUGGAAGCAGGUCCUGACAGACAUAAGGAACAUGCUCUAACAAGAGGAGGUGACAAAAGGAUGCAGAGUGGCUCCAUUCUUUGGGAAGAGUGGACCAAGAGAGUGUCAGAGUAA